UUUUCGAUUUGAUACAAAAAUUAGUGAUUUGUCAUUUAAUAAUUGUGGUGAUCAAAUUUUUAGUUUAGAAAAUAAUACUAAUUUACAGGAUUCUUCCAGUGAUGAUGAAUCACAUCAAAACUCCUGCGGUUGUAUGUUGGCCUUACAUUUGAUUCAUGAGAUGAUGUAG